AUGUUGAAGGCCCUUCCUGAACACAGCUCAGUGGGUUCUGACAUGCUAGAUAGUAAGGUGCUUGGUCUGGCAGCUGACUAUAUCUAUGGAGUGAGUCCCAUCCACAACGGCCAGGUUUGCAGUACGUGGGGCAACUACCACUACAAGACCUUCGAUGGAGACGUUUUCCAGCUGCGCUCAACCUGCAACUACGUCCUGACCUCCUCAUGCAGGAGCAGCUACAAGGACUUCAACAUCCAGAUCAGAAGCGAGGAGGCCGACGGCCAUCGCAUCAUCAAAAACAUCAUCAUGAAGCUGGAGGGGUCGGUGGUGGAGCUCUCUGAUGGCUCAGUGGUCGUUGAUGGUGAAACAGCCAUCCUACCAUUCAGUAAAGCAGGAAUGCUCAUCGAGAAAACUCCCACCUACAUCAAAAUCAAAGCGAAGCUGGGAUUAGUUGCCAUCUGGAAUAUGGAAGACUCUUUUCUGGUGGAGCUAGAUGUGAAGUACAAGAACCAAACCUGUGGUCUUUGCGGAGACUUUAAUGGGGUCCAGCUCUACAAUGAGUUCUUCAGCCACGGUGUGAAGAUUUCCCCCCAGGAUUUUGCUAACUUCUGGAAAAUGGAUGGUCCGACUGAAAGCUGCUCUGACUUCACACAGGAAUCAACGAUGACCUGCAACAACAUGAAACCUCUGUGUGAGCAGAUCCUUACAUCGCCGGCCUUCAACAGCUGUCACAGUGUGCUGGACGUCUCCUCCUUCACAACCGCCUGUAUUUCUGACCUCUGUCACUGUGGCAGCAGUGGCGUAGAACCGGUCGAGCCCCUCUGCCUGUGUCACACUGUGUCAGAGUUCUCCAGACAGUGCAGCCAUGCUGGUGGCAGACCCCUCAACUGGAGAACCAAGGAGCUCUGCUGGAAAUCGUGUUCUCACCAAAUGGAGUACAGAGAGUGUGGGAGUCCUUGUGCUGAUACCUGCUCCAACCCAGAGGCCAGCCACACCUGUGACAACCACUGUAUCGACGGAUGCUUCUGCCCUGCAGGCACCGUGCUGGAUGACUUGGGCGGAACGGGUUGUGUCCCACUGAGCAAGUGUUCCUGCAGCUACAACAGCAGGAUCUAUGGACCAGGGGAGUCCUACUCCAGUAACUGCAAAAAAUGUGUGUGUGAGAGCGGCCAGUGGAAGUGUACAGAGGAAAGCUGUCCCGGAAGCUGCGCCGUGGAGGGAGGAGCUCACGUCAACACCUUCGAUGGAAAAUUCUACACCUUCCAUGGGGACUGUUCCUACGUCCUGGCAAAGGACUGCAGUGGAUCCCAGUUUGUGGUGCAGGGAGAACUGGUGCAGUGUGGACUGACUGAAAGUGAAACCUGCCUCAAGACUGUGACUUUGGGUUUGUCUGGAGGGGUUAAUGUGAUCACAAUCCAUCCCAACGGAAAGGUUUUUGUGAACGGCAUCUUCGCCCAGUUACCCUUCUCCGCUGCUGGGAUCUCCGCCUUCAGAGCGUCCUCUUUCUACCUGCUGGUGCAGACGUCUGUUGGAGUUCUGUUGGAGGUGCAGCUGCAGCCAAUCAUGCAGCUCUACAUCACAGUGACCAGUGAAUACAAGGCCAAGACCUGUGGUCUGUGUGGGAACUUCAACAGCAACCAAGCCGACGACUUCCUGAAGCUCAGCGGUGUUCCAGAUGCCACAGCAACUGGAUUUGUCAACAGCUGGAAGACUCAUGCCAGUUGCCCAGAUGUGAAGAGCAACUUUGAGAACCCCUGCAGCCUCAGUCUGGAUAACGAGAAAUACGCCAAGCACUGGUGCUCCAUGCUGAGUGACCCUCAGGGGGUGUUUGCCUCCUGUCACUCAGAGAUCAGCCCCGACUCGUACAGUGAGAACUGCAUGUACGACAGCUGUAACUGUGAGAAAAGUGAGGACUGCAUGUGUGCUGCGGUGUCCUCAUACAUCCAUGCCUGUGCAGCUGCAGGGAUCCAGAUCAGCGGCUGGAGGAAGGUCAUCUGUGGGAAAUACGCCAGCUCCUGCCCCAGCAGCAUGGUCUACUCCUACAACAUCACAUCCAGCAGUCAGACCUGCCGUUGCAUCAGCUCCGAACAUCUCAGCUGCCACUUCUCCUUCCCGCCCAUUGAUGGCUGUGUCUGCGCAGAGGAAACCUAUCUGGACGACUCCGGGAAGUGUGUCCCUGCUAAAGCUUGUCCCUGUUAUGACAAAGGCUCUGUGGUGCCUCCUGGACAGGUCGUCAGCAAGGACGGGCUCAUGUGCACCUGUAAGGGGGGCAAACUCAAAUGCAUUGGAGAGAUUGUUGAACAGCCAUCAGCCUGCGUUGCUCCCAUGGUGUACUACAACUGCUCUGCUCAGGGCCCAGGUGCAAAAGGAACUGAGUGUGAAAAGAGCUGCAACACAUUAGACAUGACCUGUGUGACCACAGGGUGCGUCUCCGGCUGUAUGUGUCCCUCGGACUUGGUGUCUGAUGGUAAAGGAGGCUGCAUCAAGCCAGAGGCCUGUUUCUGUGUUCACAACGGCAUCUCGUACCAGCAUGGAGAGACCACCAAGGUGGACUGCAACACCUGCACCUGUAAAGGCAUUAAGUGGGAGUGCACCACCAACCAGUGUGAUGGAACCUGCUCUGUCUACGGUGCCGGACACUACAUGACUUUUGAUCAGAAGCGCUUCACCUUCGAUGGCACCUGUGAAUACAUUCUCACUCAGGACUACUGUGGCAGCGCUGAGAGUAAUGGAACAUUCAGAGUGAUCACUGAGAACGUCCCGUGUGGAACCACAGGAACCACCUGCUCCAAAACCAUCAAGAUCUUUCUGGGGAGUGCAGAGCUGAUUCUAACAGAGGGAAGCUAUCAGGUGAUUUCAAGCGGAAAUGAAGAGACAGCUCCGUUCCGUUUCAGCACUAUGGGCAUCUACCUGGUGGUUGAAGCCAACAAUGGACUCAUUCUCAUGUGGGACAGGAAGACCAGCUUGUUCAUCAAGCUCAGCUCGAAAUACAAGGGUCGUGUGUGUGGGCUGUGUGGCAACUACGACGGCAAUGCAAAUAAUGACUUCACCACAAGGUGCCAUGCUGUGGUGGUCAACCCCCUGGUGUUUGGAAACAGCUGGAAGGAUUUACCGAGCUGCCCCGACGCUAAGAGCAUCAGCGGCCCCUGCACAGCCAACCCAUACAGACAGGCGUGGGCCCAGAAGCACUGCGGCAUCAUACAGAGUGACGUCUUCUCUGCCUGCCACUCCAUUGUGGAUCCUGCUCCAUACUACGAUGCCUGUGCGUUUGACUCCUGUGCUUGUGACACUGGUGGAGACUGUGAGUGUUUCUGCACUGCUGUGGCUGCUUAUGCUGAAGCCUGUAAUCAAGCUGGCAUCUGUGUACGAUGGAGAACCCCAAAGAUCUGUCCUCUCUUCUGUGAUUACUACAAUCCUCCGGGUGAAUGUGAAUGGCACUACAUGCCAUGUGGAUCUCCGUGUAUGAAAACCUGCAGAAACCCAUCAGGCAGCUGCUCCUCACUGAUGCCUCCUCUAGAAGGUUGCUAUCCAAAAUGUCCCCCUGCUCAGCCAUACUUUGAUGAGGACACAAUGACAUGUGUUGUAAAGGACCAAUGUGGCUGCUACGAUAAAGAGAGGAAACACUACAAAAAUAAUGAAAAAGUACCAACCACCGAAAACUGUCAGGCAUGUAUUUGCGGCUCAAUGAACAUCCAGUGCCAUUACGAUGCCCAAGCCUGUACUUGCACAUAUCAUGGAAACAGAUAUCCCACUGGCAGCACCAUCUAUAACACAACAGAUGGACACGGUAACUGCAUCAUAGCAGUGUGCGGGAAGAAUGGUACCAUUGACAAGAGGUCAUACCCAUGCCCAGUACCCACGACACCUACCAGCCCUCCAACCACCUUUGUUUUUACAACAACCACACCAAAGCCACCCACACGCCCAGUCACAUGUAACCCUUGUCAAUGGUCGCAAUGGUAUGAUACCAGCUUCCCCACACUGGGACCUCAAGGAGGAGACAGUGAAACCUUCGAAAAAAUUAAAGAGGCAGGUACCAACUCCAACAACCACCACACCUUCUACCACAACUGA